CUCGUACUCAUUCAUUCGAGUUUAAAAUACUGAAACAGGGGAGGAGACUGUCAAAAGUGGAUAACGUUUCCCAGUUCGUCACUCACUUCUAACACUUGUUGCUGCUGCUUUGGUUGCUUUGCUGCCAUCAAAUAUGUUGUUGGAGUUUCAAUUCUAAUACUGUCUCUUCUCUCCAAUGGCCUCUUCUUCUCUUCCUCUGCAUCACCCCUCCCAUUGCCUCAUCUCCAAUCGUCAGUUGAAAGGUUCCAACUAUGGAUGGUCACCACUACCCAGAUAUACUGUCCCUACUAAAGACGCAGUAAAAGGCAUUCGAAUUCAACCCAUUAAAGCAAAAGCAGCCACCGAAGCUCCUCCGUUCUCUUUGUUUCAGCCUCCUGAAGCUGAAGGGUCUACCUCUGAGUUGGAGCCAGCGGACCCUGAUUUCUACAAGAUAGGGUAUGUUAGAAGUAUGAGAGCUUAUGGAAUUGAAUUUAAAGAAGGGCCAGAUGGGUUUGGAGUUUAUGCUUCCAAGGAUGUUGAACCACUUCGCCGGGCUAGAGUAAUAAUGGAAAUUCCACUAGAACUGAUGUUAACCGUAAGCCAAAAGCUCCCAUGGAUGUUUUUUCCAGAUAUAGUACCAGUGGGUCAUCCAAUAUUUGAUAUCAUUAACUCAACUGAUCCAGAGACAGAUUGGGAUCUGAGGUUAGCAUGCCUUCUUUUGUACGCAUUUGAUCGGGAAGAUAACUUUUGGCAGUUGUAUGGUGAUUUUUUACCCAGUGCAGAUGAGUGCCCCAGCUUGCUUCUAGCUAGUGAGGAGGAGCUUUCAGAACUGCAGAAUCCCAAUCUUGCUUCAACUAUGAGAGAACAGCAACGUCGAGCCUUGAAAUUUUGGGAAAAAAAUUGGCACUCUGGUGUACCACUAAAAAUUAAACGCCUUGCUCGUGAUCCUGAGAGAUUCAUUUGGGCAUUGAGUAUGGCACAAUCACGAUGCAUUGGCAUGCAAAUGAGAAUUGGUGCACUUGUUCAAGAUGCAAACAUGCUAAUUCCAUAUGCAGAUAUGCUAAACCAUUCCUUUGAGCCAAAUUGUUUUUUCCAUUGGCGUUUUAAGGAUCGCAUGCUUGAAGUGAUGAUAAAUGCUGGAAAACGGAUUAAGAAAGGUGACGAGAUGACUGUCAAUUACAUGAGUGGACAACAGAAUGACAUGUUGAUGCAAAGAUAUGGUUUCUCUUCACCUGUGAAUCCUUGGGAUGUGAUUCAGUUCUCCGGAAAUGCACGUAUUCAUUUGGAUUCCUUCUUGUCAGUAUUCAAUAUAUCUGGACUUCCUGAAGAGUACUAUCAUAACACAGGUCGCCUGUCUAAUGAUGGAGAUACUUUUGUUGAUGGAGCAAUCAUAGCAGCGGCAAGAACAUUGCCCACUUGGUCAGAUGGGGAUGUGCCUCCAAUCCCAAGCAUGGAAAGAAAAUCUGUAAAGGAGUUACAGGAAGAAUGCCGACAGAUGCUUGCAGCGUAUCCUACUAACUCUAAGCAAGACCAAAAAAUUCUAGAUUCGAUGUCAGAUGCUAGUAGGACACUUGAAGCUGCAAUCAAGUAUAGGUUGCACAGGAAGUUGUUCGUAGAGAAGGUCAUGCAAGCGCUGGAUAUAUACCAAGAGCGGAUGUUAUUCUGAUAAAACUUGCAAGUUUACGAAAGCUAGGAAAUUUUUGUGGCAUGCCAAUUGGCCAAAACUCUGCUUGUGACAGGAAUUUUCAUGUCUAAAAUAUAUGAAUGUGGGCAGAGAUUUUUCUAGUUUUUCUUAUCUUUUCAAAUGGUAGCUGAUCAUGUUAACGAACCUGCUGGUGGUUGGUAGGACGAAUGUGACAUGAAAUAGAAAACAGAAGAAGGGCUGCAAAUUGAGUGAAACAUAUGAUAUCAUUUGUUUGACACUAGUGCAAAUUGAAUACUUUUUUUUUUUUAACUUCUUUGUUAAUGGGGAGAUAGUCUUGAAUUUCACA